AUGAAUCAUCAGGAGUUAAAAAUAGGAAGUUAUGUGUUGUUUUGCUGCUUAAUGAAACAGCGCCCUCAAGAGCCUACUAUUUAUUUAUUGCGAAACAUGGCGAAAAACAGAGCGACCCACGUUGUAGUGGACACAGUUGCAUUCUUUAAGAAUGUCCAGUUACAGGAAAUUGCUGAGACUGUGUACACUGUCCCGGACGUUGUAAGUGAGAUCAAAGAUGGAGCCACAAGGAAGAGAUUAGCGGUCUUACCGUAUGAGCUCAAAUAUAGAGAACCAUCCUCUGCAAGUAUUCAAACAAUCUCAGAGUUUGCCAAGAAGACUGGAGACUACCACAGUCUAUCUUCAGUGGACUUGAGGGUACUUGCUUUGGCUUAUCAACUGACUAAGGAACAUUGUGGUAUUGAGCACCUCAAACUGGCCCCUGAGAAAAAGGUAACUUUAACAAGUAAUACAAGGCCAUUGCAGAAAGCUACUGACAUUGUUGGAUUUUAUCUACCACCGAAGGAUACCAAAAACAAGGACAACAAAGAAGAGGCCAAGACUGAAGAAACACAGACUGAAGAAACCCAAGUCGAAUCUACUCCUCACCAAGACACUGAAGAAAAUCAAGACGUCCAACUUAAUCUUAGUAAACUCAAUGUUGAAGAAAAUAGUGAUAAACGGACAGAGCGGGUGGCAAACAGAGACAGUGAAGGACUUGAAGAACAACAAGUGGAACAAAAUACCAACACAGAUUCAAACCAACCCACAUCAGAGGUCAUAGGGCAGAGGUCAAAGGAUGACCUUGUGAACUCUUCAAGUACAGAUGCAGCUCAAGCUGAAACAGCGUCUUCAGGAGUUGCUCCUGAAGAUGAUAAGGAGAAUGUUGAGACAGAUGGAGUCGAGGGAGGAGAUGAUAUUGAUGGAGAAGAUGAUGCGGAUAAUUCUGAUGAAGAGAAUGAGGAGGGUGAAGACGGUGAUGAUAAUGAUGGAUGGAUCACUCCACAGAAUAUCAGUCGUAUUCGUGAAGGAGGUGUUAGCGACAUGCCAGAGGGAGUAGGGGUAGGAUGUAUGACAGCUGAUUUUGCCAUGCAAAAUGUGCUAAUCCAGAUUGGGAUCCCAGUCCUCUCUGUUAACGGAAUGCUCAUCAGGAGCACCAGGAGCUUUGUGCUGAGAUGUCGAGGCUGCUUCAAAAUUACAAACAAAAUGGACAAGGUCUUCUGCCCUCACUGUGGUAACAAGACAUUAAGCAAAGUAACCAUGACAACAGGUGAAGAUGGCAGUCAACGUAUUCAUCUCUCACAGCGAAAAGUCAUCAAUAAACGAGGAAUGAAGUUUCCUCUGCCACUACCAAAGGGAGGAAAACACGCUGAUAAUCCCAUCCUCGUAGCUGAUCAACCAAUCGCUCAUAAUCAUCUCUCUCGUAAAGCUCAGAUGAAGACAGAUAUCUUCAACUCGGAUUACGUGACCGGAACCUCUCCGUUUGCUUUGAAUGAUACAACCAGUAAAUCAGCACAGCUUGGUGUACGUGGUUUCACCAGUAACGCUGCCCACAAUCGACGCAAUCCUAACCAAGUCAAACCAAGAAAAGGGCGCAAGAAAUGAUGGAUAAAUUUUGAACUUAAAAAUUUGGCUGUAAAAGUGACACAACAUUUCUGCGAGAGAAAUUUGGCAUCAUUCAGUUUUAAAGGGGAGGGUCAUAGAUUGUUUUUUAUCAACAUUAUAUUGACUUAUAGGAAAUUGUCAAUAAAAAUACACUGUGAAAGUUUAAGCUGAAUUCAGUAUCUGCUCCUUGAGGAAAAAAUGUCACAGCGUUUUCCUUAAAACUUAUGCGGGGUACCAACCGUAUCUCAGUCCGCAGUUCAGAAACUUAUACCACAGAAAUGUCAAUCUCCAAAACUCCCCUUGCGGUGAGUUCUGGACAUUCAAUUUUUUCUUCAUAUCAGCGAUCUUGUUAUUAGAUGCAUUGCAUCCUGCAAAGGUCAAUCUCACUUUAAAAAUAUAAAAAGAAAUCAUCAUAAUUUUUUUUUUAUUGAGCUAUUUUACAAUUAUUAAUAGACAGUCCUUUUGAUAGUUUCAAAAAAAUUGAAUAAAUUUUAGAAACAAAAUCAGCAAAUCUAUGGUACUGAAGCAAAAUGUUAUAUUUUAAGAUGAUAAACUGCCUAUAUUUGAUCUCUGUAAGAUCUAUAUCAUUAAAGUGGUAAAUCAUAGUCAAGACGCAUACAUAUACAAAGGCCUAAAGCCUGCACAUGGAAGGAAUGUUAAACAUACACUGGAUAAUUGAUAGAAACUAUCCAUGGAAAUAUUAAAUGAAUAUUUGAAAAAUCUGGACAACAAAUGCUGUAAAAAAACUUUGUUUCUUUGGUGUAUUUUGUUUGUUUGCUUUGUAUUGAGGGUAUCAACAUGAUCAAUAAGAUAGAUCA